AGGUUUUUUGAACGUUUGACAAGAAGCCCAGACGUGAAGUAUGCAGAUGCAGUAACCAUUUUAUGGGCAGUAGAAUCAGUUUAUCACAAUGGUUUUGUGCACUGUUUGGAAGAAGGAAAUAACACUCCAGAAGAAAUGAAAGAAGGUUGUAAAAUAUGGGGCAAUGAGAAUAUCAAACAAUAUUGUCAAUCACUUGAAAACAUAGCUAAUAAAAAGCUAGAAGAAGCAUCCAACGAACAAGUAUCUAAGAAUGAAGUGUUAAUUCUCGAUUUUCUGGAGAAUAUUGUUCGUUAUUGGAAUACCAACCUUGGUGAAACUUGAUCAGAUCAACGUUUGAUAUGGUUUCUUGUUACUUAUAUAAUAUGUUAUCCACUUAGCAUCUUGUAUACAUGUGAAAAAUGUACUUUAAAAAAUGGAUGUUAUUAUUGUACAUGUAUUAGCUAGCAUGAGUACGUACAUAGUAGUGUAUAGUGUUGGUUUUGAUCAAUGAUAGUAUAUGAUUAUGCUU